AUGGAGAAGCAGGUGGCUACACUGGAGAAUGGGGCGCUGUGCUGUGGCUGGAACUACUGCGGUCGAAGGAUAGCGGUGGGUUACGAUGAUGGAAGGAUCUCUGUACAUGACUCCCUCGAGCCCGGUUCCUCUACCUCCUUCUCUCGUUCCAAGGCUUGGCGGGUCAGUGUUAGCCUCUCUCUCUCUCUCUCUAUAUAUAUAUAUAUAUAUCUAUCUAACUAUCUAUCUCAACGUGAUCAUAUUCGCCGUUCCUAGUGCAAUUCGAGAACUCGCAGCGGGAGGCAUCAGCUAUGGCUAGUUCAUGCCCCUUCUUUGUGGAACAUUUUUGAUUUAUGCCUGAGGGUCCGGAUGAGUUCUUGAACUUCUGGUGAUAGUCCAUCAAACAACAUUUGAUCGGCGGUGGGGUGUUUUCAGCAUUCAUCUCAGUUUUAUGCUGCCAUUGAAAUGGUUGCAAGUCUCACUUCGGUCUCGAGUGGCCAGAAAACGUGGGGGACGUAACAUGGAUCACCUUCAUUUACCCACAAAUGUGGGCAUAGACGUGUGGAGAAUUUAACCUUCUUUCAAUAAAUAUACGAAUUGAUAAAGAAUCCCCUCAUUAUCCUCUCUGAAAUCUUCCUUUGAUAUAUCACAAUUAAUUAAGUGUAACAUUCAGUAUGAUUGGAUAAAUAGCACUAUUUCCUGGCCUUGGUCCUUUUGGCCAGGUAUUCUCUCACUGACCAUUAAAGGGUUAAUCUCUCACAGGUAGGCAAUAGCAAAAUUUUGUCAGGCAUUCGAACCAUUGAUUGUUUCUAGAAAAUCUCAAACAUUGGAAUACAUUUUGACGUUGGGAGAAAGAAGAUAGAAAGCUAAAGUUACUGCUUAUGGAAUGAUUUUGGCUCGUUGCUUUUACAUAUAAAGGAGCCCUCACUGAUUGUCUUCAUGUUACUAAUGUGGCGUCAUUCAAUGUUCAUGUCUUCUCUCAAAGUAGUGGUCUUUACCCAGCUGCUGUAAACACUGUGGUGUGGAUCGGAUCCUUUUCGUUACAGGAAGUGCAUUGCCUUGUUGCUGAAAGUCUCCCCUGUAUCAUAUUUAGUCUUUAUCACAGCCCCAUAUUCUGAAUCACCUUCUGGACAGUCUACUGCUAGCCAGUCACGGUUGCCAACUUUUCUUAUGCAGAGACUUCGUGUGACUUGUAUGGGUCUGAGUGUAGAGCUUGCGCUUCUGUUUCUACUGCCCUUGUUAACAUGCAUAAUAGUGUCUCUAGGGGAAAUGCACUCGACGAUUGAUUGAUUGAUUGGGGAUGAACGUACGUGAUAUGCAUUUUUUUUUUUCAAAUCAAGCAAUGUAUUCGGUUAUUUGGAAAAGAAAAGAAAUACUGAGGGACAAAAUAAUUUACUUACUAGAUAUCAUAACGCAUUACCAGUAAUGAGUUUGUCGACUCUCUUUUGCGCAACUAAGUGAAAUUUGAAAAGUAAAUGGGUCCAUGCCCGAAAUAUGGAUGUAUCACAUCCCCUUUCAGGGGUUCUGUCGUUUCAUUGAUUGAUUUGUUCAUUUUCCUGCACCAGUAAAACCCUUUACAUCUUCUCAGUUCUUGCAUCUUUUUUUCCAUAUUUAAAGGGAGCCAUGUAUGACCAAUUAUGUACACAUCGUCGAUAGAGCACAUAGUGCAUUCUGAAUUUCUCUCCAGUGAUUAGUUGUGCUCACUGAGAAUCAAGUUAGUUGAUUCAUGCAUCCAACUUAACUCUACACGAUUCAUCAUAAAGUCACAUUAUUCUAUGUUUCUUUGGCAAAUCUCUGUUGGGAAACGCAGGAAAAAUUAAAAACUGAUCCGGCUUUGAAGUUAUCUACAGAAACCCCUGUGGAUGCAAACUUGUUUUCCACUUGUGUGCAGUGCGGCUUUCACUUUUAGGUUUCUUCUUUCAUGAUUUUUUUAGUUGAUUUAUUGUUACAGCAGUCGAGGAAUAAUAUCUAUCCAUGUUUCAAAUCUAUGAUCUUUAAGAUUUUUCCAAGGGCCAUCGAUCUUAAUUUGGGCGAUGUUGAUGGAAAUUUAAAUUAGGGUUUCAUUAAUUCAGUUUUAAAAUUUCUGAGAACAAUUUGCAUAUUCCCGGUAGUUGAAUAUCAUCCACUAAAUGUCUUUUGAAAUUGACCAAGGAUGGGAGUUUCACGAAUCCAUUAAAGAAAGAAUUGUUUAUUUGGGAGAAGCUUGUUAUGUUUAUCUUUCAAGGAACAUGAAGACUAUUCAACUUGUUAUUUUUUUCCUCCUAUUGUUUUUGUAUUGGUUACCUAUGUACACUAAUAUUUGGAAUUCAUUCAGGCACACGAAAACAGGAUUAAGAACGUCAUCUGGGUUCCUCCAGAAUAUGGUGAUGCGAUUGCUUGUAUUUGUCUAGAUGGCACAAUUUCCUUGUGGGAGGAAACUCAAGGUCUUACCUUUUCCAAAUCUGAGCUAUGGCAUUUCAUUUGUUACUAAAACAGGCGCCUGCUAUUUUGAUUAGUAAUAAUUAGGAUAUAUGAAACGUAGACAAGUGGUAAUGCCGUUUAUGUGAUAGAAUAGAUAUCUUUCCAGGUGAAAAAUCAUGGAGAAAUCUGGAAAAAUUAUCUCCAAGACACUUACACCUUUCCCAGUGAGCAGUGCUUGUAGUUACCUCAGAAUAUUUGCUAAUUUUAUUGAACUCUCUGACUGUGAACCUACGAGUUGCACAUGGUUAUGGUGACUGCCAUGUGACUCUUCCGAAAAAUUAACCUCUUAAGUCGGUUAUUUUUUGCAUUCUCUGUGCAAUCGGCUGUGACUUCUGGGCUGUCCUCUUGUAAUGCCUUUGUAUGGAGGUUAAUCUUAUUUUUUUUAGGAAACGCAUGGAGAUGUAGAAAUCUAUGCAUCAAAGCUUAGAUUCUGACCCAGGUCCAGAUGGCUCAAAACUUAUCCUGUGGUAGCUAUACUCAAAUGUCCUGGCCCUAUCCCAUCAUACCUGAUCUAUGUAUCAGAGAAACAGCUAAAUGGCUCGAGAAGGAAGAUAAAAUAAAUGUGUGGUAGUUCACUUUUCCGUGUCAAUUUGCAUAGAUUUCCAGGCAUCCCAUAUUCCCCAGUGGUAUCUUCUGUGUUUCAAAAGGAACAGCCUGUCUGCCAAAGUUCAGCUCUAAGUCCCAAUGAUGCCGGCGGAAGAAACCAGAUAAAAAAUUGAUGAAGAUAAAAAAUGCUAUGAACGACAGCAUAAGCUGUAAACUGCAUGCUAAAAGUUGUUAGGAACAAAUGCUAAGAUUGGUGACAGCAUUGAAGCAUUCUGUUUUGGAUAUAGGUCACCAUUUGUCGACGUUGUAGUGAGUUCAUAUAAUCUUCUGUAACUACUGGUUCUCAGAAAUUAUUGGCCAUCUAUUAUGACUUCCUUUAAGAGAUGAUCAUUGCUUUUGUAAUGGCGUUAUGUUUUCUGUUUUCCAACAGAUUUUAAGUUUUAUUCAACUCAUGUUUGUUCUGAAAAGUAAUUCGACUCUUCUUUCUCUAACGUUAGAUACUGAAUCUCCCAUUUGGAAGCUUUGUAAUAUUUUUGAGAGCAACAGAAGUCAAGUGCUUGAUAUCCAGUUCGGGGUUGGCUUGACAAGCUUAAAAUUAGUAAGUACAAUGACUUGCUGCCACUGAAUUAUUAAUUCAUCCAUUUUUAUUAAAGUUAUUAUAACAUUUGAAAUAUAUAAUUUUGGGGCUAAUUCUAGUAGUCCCAAACAAAGACGCUAUUUUUUUCAUUUAUUUUUCAUAUAUCUAUUUGUUGGAUGCGCUGUACCAAUUUUUGCGAUUCCUCUCUGUAAAGACAUUAUCAAAUCAGAGGUGAUGAAGUGGGAUGAGGAAGAUCUAUCCAAAAGGGAGAAAUGUAAAAGGUAUAUUUUCAAAAAUGAAAGCGUGUAGGGUGGGUGACGAGGAUCGCCUUCUGUUGCAUUCUCAACCUUCACGAAAAGUUUGGUUUUCGGAACAUGUAGUUCAAAAAAUCCCUUGUCUUUUGUAGAGCAAGAGUGUCAUCUAUUGUUUAUGCGUUUAUGCUCUGUUAUGAAGGAAAAAAUUGCUGUUCUUUUUGGUAGACUCUCUGAUGAUGAAAAGUUAUCAUGCUUCAUGAUUCCGUCGUUGUGGUUGAUAAGCUACAUUUUGAGCAUAUCAAUGCUUAGAUUCAAUUAGAAAUAUUUGUUUCCCAGCUCUUCUGGAGCCAUGUAGAUGACAUGGCUAGACACGCAUAUGUAACUGGUAACCUCUUAUGUUUUAUAACAGUCAGUACGGGUUAGGCACCUUUCAUACAUUAAAAAUGUGGAUGACUAACCAUAAUAUGCUCGGGUGCUUUUCAUAGUAAGUGCCACGAAAAUCAAUGUUGCAGAGGUGAAAUUCUACUGUUUUAAAGUGUUUCAUGACAACUAGGGGAUGUUGGAAGUAUCUACGUUUAUCAUGUAGAUCAUGCGACCAAUCAUUUAUUUUUGAGUGGGUGUGAUCACUAUUGUAAGCUGCUUUCUCUUUUCGUCGUAUAGAUCAUACCUUUUAGAUGAUGUACUUGAAGAUGUCAUCAACGUCCAUCACACACGACAUUUGCGUACUGAGACUUUUUAUUUGUUUGUUGGACUCUGAAAUUAUUAAUUACCCAUGUCUGCCCUUCGUUUAUUUUUGUCAGUUUCUAGUGACUAACCGUCUGGUCUGGUUUCAAGGUUGCAGCAUGUUUGGAUGGCAUUGUAAAGGUUUAUGAACUUCUGGAUCCUCUUGAACUAAAGAAUUGGCAACUUCAGGUUUUUUCUCAUUUUAUUGUCCUUGUUCGUUCGAUUGAAAUCUUGCCAGUUUGUGUGUCUACAUUAAUGUAUCAUGUCAAUCCAAAUGUCAUGAGAUUCGAGCGUUCAUGGAUCUUAGCGCUACCCUGUGCGACUGAAACUGCAGUACAUCUCACCCAGUGGGCCUGGGACCAGUCGGAAAAUAUAGAAUUCAAUCUUUCCAUGUUAAAUUUGUUGUCAGAGGCAUACCUGCUCAGUAUGCUAGUUAAUACUUUUGGCAAUGAAUGACGUUUGCAUCUGUAUCCAAUACUUGAUUUCAGAAUCCUCCAUUUGUAUUGAAUAAGGGUGUUCUCAUCGAAAUGUAGAUCCUAUUAACUGAAAUUUGUCUCACUUGUAUGAUUGCAUUUUCUUUCAUUUUCCACUUCUGAUAGAGUCUAAAAGUAUGGGAGUCUCGUCAUCUUUGGCCCAACCUACCCUGUCGCCUUGUGUUCCUGGGUAGGAUUCGAUGGUCCAAAUACCUCGGAGAUAGUGCUGACUUCCAAUUUGAUGCCCAAACAACUUGUUGCUCUAUGCGCCUGCCUUUUUAAGAAUUUGCCUGAUUCUGAGCUACAGCUAGUUGACAACUGGGAAGCUACAGUACUGCCUGGCAAUAGGUGUUUGUCUUAAAGAGGACGUGAGAAAGACAAUUUUUUUCCUGAGAGUGAACGAUCUCUCUUUACAUUAUAUACUCUUCUCAGCUAUAUGUUCCUUUUUGUUUCUGGCUGUGUAUGUCUGUCUGAUGUCGGAUUCUUCAUCCUCCAGGCAGAGUUUCAAAAUGUGACUGAUUCAGUAUCUAAAUUCGGGAAGCCAACUUCUAUUUCUGCAUCAAUUGCGUGGAGUCCAAGGAGGGGAGACAACCAGCAAUUGAGCUUUGUUGUGGCCUUUAGUGCUGAUUCUCCCCAAUUCAAUUCUCCAAAGGUGUGCUUGUAGUUCUGGCAUUCAUUAGUAUGUAGUUUUUCAUUUUUUGUUCUCAUUUUUUUGAGAAGGUAUUUGCGAUUUCUGUCUUCCAUUUCAGAACAAGCUGUGGUGCCAAUUCUUCCUUUUGUUUGUCUUCACACUGUUCUUUGCAGACGUUGACUACAUCUGUCUAGCAUGGGCAUUGGUGGAUAUGCUAGUCUGUGCUUUUGUUAGGCUUUAGCUGACCUGUUCGGGUUCGUUUUUUAUUGAGCAUAUCAAUGAUUUUUCCUAUUGGCUUAUCAUUUUGUGUGCCAGUCUGCCUCUUAAACUAUUUAUGAAUGAAUUUAUGACCGUCAUGUCAUUCCUUUUUGGUAUUCUAAAUGAAUUUGAGUCUGUCCCCGAAAGGUCGUGGAAAAAGAUGAAAAAAGUGAAGAAUUGAAGCAUUCAUUUCACUCAUAAUCUGGAAGAAGUUCUUGAACUUUGAAAUAAAUUUUACAGCCUGGAUGUUUGAACACGUUCCUUGAACAUUUAAAUUCGCUAAAUAUUAGGAAUACAACAACAUUUAGUCCAUUGGUUUUAGCGCUAACUGAAAUGGUGCUUCCUCCCACACUUUUCUCAAGGAAAAUUAUCUAUGUGAACAUCAGGUAACUAUUCCAUGUGGCCAAAGUUGGUUUUUCUCGUUAAGAGCUGGUGCCGUAGCGAAGUUUCUCUGUUGAAGAGAAUAUCUGCUCCCCUGGGGCUGCUUUGUUUUUUCAUCGCUCAGUCAGUUUGAUGGUGUAUUCCAUCUUUCUUCCGAUAUGUCCCUAAGUUUAGACAAUGUGAAGAUGCUAAGAUUUGGGCAACUUAACGGUCUUUUGUCUUCUUACAUGCAUCUCUGAACUCUUCCAGCGGUGAAAAGAUAGACAGCCUAUGAUUAAUGCAUAGAAACGGAUGAAUGACAGGACUAGACCUCUUUCUGCAAAUCUCAUUGAAUGCUAUGCGAGUCAUCAUUGUCAUCUGAUGUUAUCUACUGUCUCCUGAUAAAUGCACACUGAUAGAUUUGGGAGUUUGAAGAAGUUCAUCAACGUUGGCUGCCAGUUGCUGAGUUGGCAUUGCCUGGAGACAAGGGCGACAGGGUACAUGCGGUUGCAUGGGCCCCUAAUAUCGGGAGGUAAAAUCCUCCCUUUUUACACCAGCUCACUGUGGUAAAUGAAAGUCAACUCUUUGACCUCGAGUAAAACCAGGCAAUGUACUGUCAUAAAUCAUCUGUAUGUACGACUGAUGAGCCUGUUUUUAUUUCCUCGCGUCCUCUGUCAACUAUUAUUGAUUAAAUCGUGCUACCCAGUAAAUCAUAAUACUAUAUUUGUUAAAUGCCUUUGCAGAUUAUCCUAUUUUCCUAAUGUGCAGGCCCUAUGAGCUUAUAGCCGUUGCAACCUGUAAAGGGAUUGCUAUAUGGCACCUGGGUUUGACCCCAGAGUCCGAUGGGAGACUUUCUACGGAGAAAGUAGCCUUGCUCUCUGGCCAUGACUGCGAGGUAUAUCUUAUUGAAGAGCAUUAUUCAUGUUUUAAUCUCGUAUUUAUAUUUUGGUGCAAUUGGCUGAGGCGGUCUACUUAUGAUUAUCAUAGCCCAUGCCAUCAAAUCUGUGAUGCAUAUUUCUAAGGUUCAUAGCUACUCUCCUUCGAUUUCGUGACGGGAGCAUCUUCUGAUCGAAUGGUGGGGGGGAGGGGCCCUCUGGGUCCUCUCUCUCUCUCUUCUCGCUGCUAGGUGUGGCAGUUGGAGUGGGACGUGAGCGGUAUGACGUUGGCGUCCACCGGAGGUGACAGCACGGUCAGACUGUGGCAGUCCAACUUAAAUGGCGUCUGGCAUGAGCAGGCAGUCUUUGACUGCACUGAGACUUCACAGCAGGCAAGUGCUCAGGGGUGA